AUGGAGGUGCGCAUCAAGGAGGCUGAGGCCGGUGGCACCGUGGCACAGAGGAAAACGACGGAUGGUAGCUAUGUCAUGAAAGACGCGGUGGUUCUCGAAUAUCAAACACCAUCUGGUGAAAUGGUGAAGCUUAAAGCGCCCAUUGAAGGAGUGGUGACGUUUGAUCGUGCAGCGAAGAAAGGUGCAGAAAUGGUGCAGGACAUGCUAAUCGCUCGUAUCGAGCCCUGUCACCAUGCUAUUGUUAUCAAAGAUAUGUGUGCGACGUGUGGGCGUGACCUCAGAGAAAAAGAUGGUAGAGCUGGUCAACGAAAAGAGGCUGCCAUAGCGAAUGUCUCAAUGAUUCAUCACGUGCCAGAGCUCAUCGUUUCUGAUGACGUUAGUCUUGGAAGAAGUACGUUUCUGCGGCACAUCCUAGGGUCUACGUGUUUUCUGUUGCAGUUGGCGGAAGAACUUGGUUCAGCGGACUUGAAGAAUGUCUUGAAUGCGCGUAAAUUGGUACUUCUGGUAGAUCUUGAUCAAACAAUAAUCCACACGACAAAUCGUCCUUUCAAAGUUGAUCCUGAAAAGCAUGGCGAUAUCCAUACUUAUAAGAUGUUUGGCACGAAGUACCACACAAAGUUAAGGCCGUAUACGCAUGAGUUCCUGGAACACAUGAGUGCUUUAUACGAAAUGCACAUCGUAACCUAUGGACAACGACAAUAUGCCCAUAAAAUUGCGGAGAUUCUUGAUCCCAGCAAGGUAUUAUUCGCUCAACGAAUCUUAUCAAGGGACGAGCUGUUUUCGGCACAACACAAAACUCGAAAUUUGAGGGCGCUAUUUCCUUGUGGAGACCAACUGAUUGCAAUUAUUGAUGAUCGCGCUGAUGUGUGGCAAUUUUCCGAGGCUCUCAUUCAGGUGAAACCGUACAGGUAUCAGAAGUUGGAAUCCUUUCACUCAAAGAAUGUAAACCUAUUUCUCCCAGAGGAUGAUGCGGAGCACGACCGAACUUUGGAACACGUUGAAAGGAUGCUGACCGAUGUGCACGCCAAUUUUUAUCAACACUAUGACAGAACGAAAGAGAUCAGAGAUGUCAAGGUCGUGAUAAGUUACAUCAAGAAGCAGGUGUUACGCGAUCUUGUUAUUGUGCUAUCGGGCGUGGUUCCACUUGGAAUGAAAAUUGAGCAUUCUGAGGCGUAUCGACUCUGCGUUCAGUUUGGGGCUACGGUUGCUGACCAAGUGACCGAGCAGACGACACAUCUAAUUGCAGUGCGAUGGGGCACAACGAAGGUCAUGGCCGCAUGCAAAUUAGGCAUUCCAAUCGUGACACCUCUCUGGCUAUAUGCAUGUGUUGAAAAACUACUAAAGGCUGAUGAAAAAGAGUUCGAACUUACAAAGGACUCCAAACCUCCUGAGGGUCGACCGUUAGGUGGAAGAAUCAUACCAGAGUUAACGAGUAUCGAUGCUAUGAAAAAAGAAACAAUAGCUGAAAUGGAACAUGAGGUGGAUGAGGUCUUAUCUGAAGGCGAUGAUUCGGAUGAAGAGGGUGAAGAAAUGCUAAAAAGGAGGCUUAAUGGCGGGGAUGGAAGUGGAGACGAAGAUGACGAGGUUGAGAAAGAGCUAGCCAUGAAGCGUGCCCGAUGGGAACGAGAGAGCAAUUUCGAAGCGCCCGAGGAAGAUUCUGAAGAGGGUGGCGAUCCCAAUGAGGAUGAUAAUUUCUUUGAGGCGGACCUCGAAAAAACUGGAAAUGGUGACGGCGGAGAAGAUGAGGCUCAAGUUGCGGAUGAUGAAGAGACGCGAGACAUUCAAUAUGAUGAUGACGAUGAAGAGAUUGAAGACAUGGCGGCUCUGAUAGAGCGGCAAGUUUCGCAUGAAAGCUAA